AUGAAGUGGUCACUGUUUCUCGGAUUAACAGUGGCGGCGGCGACGACCUCGUUUUAUUCAGCAGCUGCAGCUUUAAGCAAUCACAAUGACCCCGGCUUUGUACCAGGCCGAUACAUUGUAGAAUUGAGUGAUGGUGACAAUCCCUUGGAUACGACCCGCCAAAAAUUUGUUGACUUGAUGGAGGAUGCAUUUGGCAAACAAUCCGUUUCGAUUGUGGAUACCUUUGACCAUUCGCUUAUGAAAGGGGUGACCAUGCAAUUGAAUACCCUCCUUCAACCAAACGACAACGACUACUUACAACGUGAUGAUGGCAGUAUCAUUGACAAGAUGCUGAGCAAAAUCAAGGGUCAUUCCAUGGUGACCAAAAUGUACCCUGUACGCAUGUUGUCGAGCCCCAAGGUUUCAUUUAACGCUAUCGAUUACAAGUUGGGCACUAUGAAUGCAACCGCCAUGUGGCCACAUCGCAUGACUCAAGUAGAUCGCGUGCAACAAGAGCUCAAGAAAACAGGCAAGGGUCUCGUUAUUGGUAUCAUCGACAAUGGCAUAGACUACUAUCAUGAAGCGUUCAGCAAUGAACAAGGCAAAAAGGGGUGCUUUGGCAAAGGAUGCAAGGUUGCCAUGGGAUACGACCUUGUUGGCGAUGACUAUAAACCACAUGGACCCGAUUCAACCCCUAAACCCGAUUCCGACCCUUUUGAUUCUUGUGGAAAACGAUCGACAGGGCAUGGUACGCAUGUAGCUGGUAUCAUUGCUGGUAAUUCUACCCUGAUCCAUGGGGUUGCUCCUGAUGUGACGCUUGGGAUGUGGAAGGUGUAUGGUUGCUAUCCCACCACUUCAGAAGACGUUGUUGUCAAAGCCAUGAUGGAUGCCUACCAUAAGGGAGUGGAUAUCAUUUCGGUGAGCAUUGGCUCAAACAAUGGAUGGAGUGAAUCACCUAUGAGUGCAGCUGCUCAACGCAUCACCGAAAAAGGUGUCCCAGUUGUCAUCGCUGCUGGUAAUGAUGGUUUGAAUGGUGCUUACACCGUACUGGCCCCAGCCAAAGAUGCCACCUUGGUUGGCUCUUUUGAUAAUAACAACUUUUAUACAAACUACUUCAUUGAUCAAAACAAUACGUUUUAUCCUUAUCGUCCAAGCCAAACAGGGGGUGCAAUGUCUAAUGGUACUCUCGCAGCGGGUGAUGUUCAUCUCGGCAGUGAUCAUGAUGCAUGUGAUCCCGAUCAAGUGAACGAAAAAGUGAAGGGUCAUAUUGCACUUGCCAAAGAAGGUGGUUGUAGCUUAAGUACAAAGUUGAUCAAUCUUCAUGAAGCUGGUGCCACAGGUGUGAUUAUUUACACGCAUGAUGAUAUUGAAAUCUAUGACGGCGUCAAACUCACUGCUGCUGGAAAUGACACCAAAACCACCUUGGUGACCACGUUCAAUCGUGUCGGUGUCAAGCUUGCAAAUGCUCUUGCUGAGGGAAAGAAUGUGACAAUCCAUUUUGGAAAGGCCGGCAUCAUGCCCUAUCCCACUGGCAACACUGUGUCGUCCUUUUCAGGUGUGGGCGCUUCGUACGAAAACGAUCUCAAACCUGAUAUUGCUGGUAUUGGUGGUUCAGUCUUUUCAGCUGUGCCUGUUGACAUGGGCAACUAUGGUGUUAUGAGUGGGACUUCAAUGGCUGCACCCUACAUUGCAGGCUCGAUAGCAUUGUAUCUUGAGGCACAUGGCAAGAACCAAGAAAAGACAACUCCGCGAUUUAUCAAUGAGCAAUUGCAAGCUUAUGGUUACAAGGCACCCCAUUCCUAUGAUGAAAGUGAUGAUGUCGACACACCUCUUCGUCAAGGUGGUGGUCUUUUACAAUUGUAUGAUGCUAUACAGCAAACAGUGCAUGCAUCCCCAUCUCGUCUCAGCUUCAAUGAUACCGCCAACCAAAUCAAAUCACACACUAUUACGGUUACCAAUCAUGACGAUACAUCCACAGCGUCUUUUACAGUGCUCAACAAUGUGAGCGUAGCACUUCAUCCAUUUAACAACAGCGAUCCUGGAUACCCUUUUUUGGAGCCUGCUCGAUACAGCAAUGACUCUGUGAGUUUACGCUUCUCCAAAAAGCAAUUUAAACUUGCUCCAGGAAAGAGUGUCAACAUUACUAUAUCCCCUGUCAUACCAUCGACGCUGGAAAAGUAUACAAUGUAUAGUGGAUACGUGCAAUUCAAGAGCGAUCAUCCUGACAAGCACAAGGAUUUGGCUGUGCCAUACAUGGGUGUUGUUGGUAACUUGCACGAGCUCAAGGUCUUUGGUAAAGGGACACCCUUUCUGAGUGAUGCCAACACAACACGUAUAUACGAAGGGGAUGAUGUCUACGAAUGCUCCAUAGCCAAUACAAGCACCUACCCGGUAUUCUAUUGGCAUCUUGCUCGACCCGCUGCCCACAUCUCCAUGGAACUCUACAACCAUACCACAGGGGCGAAACUUGGUCUCCUAAAGCCCACCAAUAAUUAUGAUCUCCCACGUAGCACCAGUGAUUUACCCUACUACAGCAACGCGUGGAAUUUAACUUUUAUUCCUACUGGAUCUUCUACUGGCAGUGACAACAUGUCGCCAGUGUCACCAGGCAAAUACCACGUUGUUACCAAAGUAUCCAAAUGGCUCGGUAAAGGAACUGAAAACCAUACAUCAGCCACCAUUUUAGUCAAGUCUUAA